GUCAGUUUGUCAAUCAUGUCAACUCAAAAGCCUAAAAGUGAAAUGACACCAGUCGAAUUGGCCAAAAAGGAGGAAGAAGAGUUUCAAACUGGACCUUUGUCAAUCUUAACUCAAGCCGUUCGCAAUAACCAUCAAGUUUUGAUCAAUUGUCGGAAUAAUAAGAAACUUUUGGGACGAGUAAAAGCAUUCGAUCGUCAUCUAAAUAUGGUCAUGGAAGAGGUUAAAGAAAUUUGGACGGAAUAUCCUAAAUCUGGAAAGAAAAGUAAACCAGUCAACAAGGAUCGAUUUAUCAACAAAAUGUUUCUCCGAGGUGAUUCUGUUAUUCUCGUUUUGAAAAAUCCUCUCGCUUGAGAGAAACAAAACAAAAGCAAAUAAUUAAUUUACAUACAUUUUUCACUCGCUGAUCAAACAUUCGGGAUGAUUAAUAAAGAUCAUCUUAAAUAUAUAAA